CAAGGGCCCUAGCCAGACAGCCCCAGCCCACCUUGCCUCUGUGAUGUCAGCAGUGGCCCUGUGUCACAAAGGGGGUAGGCCCUGUGUCACUAAGGGGUAGGCAGCCUGUGGCUCAGUGUGCUCUGGGAGCUGGAGGAGGGAGCACAGGGCUGUCUGGGUUCUGCUUUUCAGACAGUUGGGAGCAAUUUUUGGAGCAUAUAGCACCUGUUUACAUAGAACUCGCAGAGGAAUCCACAUCCUCAUUGUCAUCAUAUGUGAGACAUCAACAUUCUUCUGUGGCUCGACCAUCCCAGCACAGGAGUGAGAGACCUUUCCUAGCGUAUCCUCUGGGUAGGAAAGAGAAGGAUAAAAUUAUACCAAGCUCUGACAAUCAGCCUUUCUUUAGGAGCCGAUAUGGAUCUUUAUGGCUACCUCCGCCGACUGCUGGUCCAGUCUGGAGCCACCGACCAGGGGAACGAGGCUACGGCAGCCACUGGGUGUUGCAGCCCUUCCCUAUCUGAGCCUGCUGCUUCAGACACAGCAGUGCAAGUGACUGAAGUGUCAGCCAGAGAUGGCAACCCACCUGACAGAGUCUUCUGGUCCAGGAGUCAAUAUGGGGCUUUUGGACCGUCUCUACCGAAGACUUACUCACACUAUUGGAUGGACAUCUUUCCAAACGGACAGGACAAAUCUGGACUCCAGCCAGCCAGGCCCCACUGACUCUUCUGUCCCAGACACAGAGGAGCAGAAGGUGGCCCAAAACCAAGACCUGGCUCCACAGACCCUGGCUGCAGGAGCGGGCAGCCACUCCAGCACUUUCUGUGCUGAGCCUCACGAUCCAGGCACCAAGCAAAAGGCCUAUUUGUCACACAGGGGAGAGCUCACCCCAAUCAGCAAGGAGGAGGAGGAAGAAAGGCCAAGGAAGACCAGAGGCCUUGCUUGCGUGAGGGACAUGGAUGAGGCUGCCCUGAGGAAGGACAUUGGCAUCCUCUUCCCAGCACUCCACUCCAUGGUGUGUCAUCUCCCCAGAGAGCACCUGGAAGAGAGGAGAGAGGCCCUGGACUCUCUGGUCCAUCUGGCUCGCUUGUUCCUGGUGGAGCUGCUUGUGUUCCUGUUCAGGAGGCUGAACAAGGACGAGGAAGAGGAGACCUGUGCCAGUCUCUUCAUUCUGGACCAGAUAGUCCGAUCCAACAUUUCGGAAAUGACACAGCACACAGAGAAGCUGUUCACAGCCCUGGGGCCAAUCCUGCAGAGCACAAGCAUACGGGUCAGAGAAGCCCUUGCUUAUUUGAUACGCACAAUGGGGAUUCAUGGGCUCUUGGAGAAACCCGAUUCAAGACCCUUAAUUGACUUCUUGGUGCGUCAGUGCACCCUGCCCCCUGACAGCACGGAGGCAGCAGACCAUGGAGCUCGAGGUCCGCCAGCUCUGCUCCAGCACCCUGCAGUCCCUGGGUGAUUCCCCCAGAAUGGCCAAUGUUUUAUGGCCUGGGCUGCUCCUUCAGCUGAGCCCAGCAGCCCAUGGGCCAGCCCUGCCUCUCCUCCUGCAGACCUCGGUCGGGGUGGUAAAGAGGCUGCAGGAGGAAGGCAGGCUGCCCUUGGCCAGGAAGUGCGGCAAGGCGAACAGAGGUGAGGCCUAGUAUUUUAUCCACCCGCUCUUAGUCCUUCUCUAGCGAGAGGCGUCUGCCCCCAGGUGAGGGUGGGAAUCAGCUCUCGGCUCUGGCUCCGGCUCACUGCAAGGACACAGCCAGCCAUCAAGGCACAGGUAGAGCUCAGAGACGAAUGCAAAAGAUCCCUCCAGAGCCUGAUGGGGUGUCUCCCCUUUCUGUUCACAGGGUGUCGGUCAAGCCCCAGGGCCACUCUACCCCAGGAGCUGCUGGCUCGGCUGCUGGUGCUCGGUGCGUCUUCAUGCAUGACGGUGCAGGUCAGAAGGGCAGCCAUGUUCCUCCUCUUCCAGCUGAUGAGCAUGUUCCAGGCCGGCUCGGGCCAAUUCUGGAAUAACUAC